CCGUUGGCAUUUUUCACAAUAACAUGAGUCGAGAGUAUAUAUCACGAAGCUGGACAAGCUACAGAUUUCGAUCGAAGAACGCGGCCUCCCAUUAUGGCAACCUCCUUAACUCCAACGCCAUCACUCUGGUCUCGCGCCCUAUCGUCACUCCCCCCAAGAGACCAGCAGAUCUUCAAGAUAUCAUCCACUUCCACUCCAGAUGCAAAAGGAAUCCUCCAGGAUAUCCUGUCAGCACUGGAAAGGCAGCGCGACCGCUGCAAGCGGGAUACUUGGACAACCAUUAGUGUUGGCGGGAAACAGCUCGUCAUCCGCGACCUAUGUACCAAGAUCGCCUCGUAUGUCAAAAAGUUCAUGGAAGUUAUUGAUGUCGCUGUCCAAUAUGACCCUGUUCACGCCGCGCUUCCGUGGGCAGGGGUGCGUUUCUUGCUGCGAUUGAGCUUUUCGGCUUUUGAGGCCUUUGGCGCUAUUGUUGAGGGGUUAGAGAAGGCAACGGAAUUGAUAGCCCGCUGCAGCAUUGUUGAGGCCCUGUUUCUCCGGCGUGGUGGAGCGACUGAUGCCAGGAUGGUCUUGGAAAAGGAGAUGGUCAAGCUGUAUUCGAUUAUUCUGGGGUUUCUUUGCAAGGCUAAGAAGCAUCAUGAUGGGUCGCGCAUGAAGCGUGUACUCAACUUGAUAUCAACGCAGUCCCUUCAAGAAUCGGUUAGGGAAAUGCAGGCUGCGGAGCAGAAGGUGUUCAAUCUGAAGGGGCUUGUGGAUAGCGAGAACAUGGAUGAUAUUCAGGGCAAGGUUUCGACAAUGCUUCUGGCAGUGAGCACGGCCACUGAUGGCAUUGACAAUAUCCAGCCACGACUGAAGGGUGCACUACUGGAUCUUGAACAGCCUCUACUUAGGAUGUCUGAUCAGGUAUCUGAGCUUCGUGAUGCUCUCAAAGAGAAUGAGAGAGACGAGAUUCUACGGUGGCUUUCCACGGUCCCCGUGCAGCAACACUACAGAGAGGCAUGUACAUCGUUAUUGCCUGACUCGGGUGAGUGGCUGCUAGAAAGCCCAUGCUUCAAGAGUUGGAGAGAUUCUAGUAGUUCCGAAACAUUUUGGUUGAACGGGAUUCCGGGCUGCGGAAAGACAAAACUUGCCGCGAUCGUGAUACAAAGCCUCAAUCGGGAAAGCGGCGAUACUACAUCCCAACCAGCGCCGAUAGCUCACUUCUUUUGUUCUCGGAACCCUGCAGAGCCCGAGCGCACCGACCCCCGAGAUAUACUCCGAUCACUAGUCAAACAGAUAUCUCUAUGCAGAAAGGGAACCAGUUUACGACGUCCAUCCGUGGAAAUGUAUCAAAAGCGACAAGAAGAAGCAAGCCAUGUCGGAGAAAGGCCGGCCCCGCUAACGGUGGAAGAAAGCGUCGAUCUCAUUUGUGAACAUGGCAGGCUAACUCCAUUCACAAUCAUCAUUGAUGCAUUGGAUGAGUGUGGCUCCCAGCAGCGGGGAGUCAUUCUCAAUGCCCUUGAGGACAUCCGACAAAGGUGUCGUGAUGUUGUCAAAAUUUUCGUGUCGAGUCGGCAUGAAGAAGAUCUUGCUGUCUACUUCCGUAAAGGGGAAGUUUUAGAAGUCACUUCUCAAGUGAAUGAGAAAGAUCUGAAGCGGUUUGUUAAGAGGCAGGUUGAGAACUUCAUGAGGAGGUGGUCUACUAUGCACGACGAGACGACCGCGGCACUGCAGCAGCUUGAGAAGGAUAUAACCAAUGUACUCGUGACAGGCGCACAAGGAAUGUUUCUCUGGGUUGCUCUCCAGAUCGAAAACAUCGGGGAUACCGACCGCAUCAAGGACAUUGACAGUAUUCGUCAAGCUCUGGGUUCUCUUCCUUCGGCCCUGAGCACGUCAUACGAAGCCAUCCACAGACGAAUCCAGUCCAUGAGCGAAAGUUCCCGGCAGGUGGCGGUGCAAUGUCUCCAAUGGUUACUAUAUGCAGGAAGAAAGCUCUCGAUUUGUGAACUGGUGGCUGCCGUCAGCUGGCCAUCUAAGUCAUCAUCCAGAGUAUCACCGAGAUCAAUCGUUGACUACUGCUGCAACCUAGUUGUAAUAGACAACGAAGCAGACACUUUCCGCUUGGUACACUUGACUGUCCGAGAAUUCCUUGAGAAUUUGGAUUGCUACUCCAUUCAAGAUGCCAAUGCAAUGAUGGUUGAGAGAUGCUUAGGCACAUACCUCGCUGGCGGAUGGGAGGAUGAUGACUUUCUGAACUACGCUACUCAGAACUGGCCCGCUCAUGUGGAGCAGCUCAGUGGUUCACCACAAAGAGCAGCAAUCAAGACAUCACUCACCAGGUUUUUUACCAAAGAGGAACAUUUCGAAGAUUGGCUGGAGAUUCUCGACGAACGACCAAUUGAAGAGGGUCCCAGAUGGAGUAAGUCGCUCGAGAGAAAGUUGGAAGCAUGCUUCAGCUCCCCGCCGUCUGCCCUAUUCACAGCAUGUUGCUUUGGUAUAAUUGAGGUUCUUCACUGUUCUAGCGUCAUUGAGACACUUGACGUGAACCAAAGAAAUAAACAUAACACUUCCGGUCUUUACCUAGCUGCUCGCUGGGGCCACGCAGACGUCGUUCGGAAACUGAUAGGUCUGGGGGCUGCUGUAAAUGCAUUGGGAUCACAAUAUGGAAAUGCACUCCAAGCGGCUUCUUUUGCUGGCCAUGCAGAAGUUGUGAAAGUCUUGCUCGAUUCCGGCGCGUCCUUUUCUCCCGGCGACAAGGGUGAAUACUCAAGUCCUCUCCAAGCCGCUCUAGCAAACGGUCAUAACCAUGUCGCUCAAAUUUUGAUUGAUGCUGGAUUCAAGCCCGUCACACGAGAACAGUUUAAUGAUGCGCUAGAGAUUGCCAGUUUUAAAGGGAACGUUGAGAUGGUGGAGCACCUUUUGUGUGAUCAAGCCUCCAGUUUCGAACCAAACAUCCGGCCCGACCCUUUCCAAGUUGCUCUCUUUGGUGGCAGGGCGAGACAAGUGAAGCGAUUACUACAAGUCUGCGGCGAUAUCAACGAAGAGAAAGGGUAUUUUGGGAAUGCCGUGGCCGCAGCUAUUGCCAGUGGCAAACUCACCCUCCUCCAAGCUGUCGUCGAUGCCGGCGCCAACCUUGACAGUCGUGGACGAUUCGGCUUUCCUUUGCGGGCUGCUGCUAUAGCCAACAAUGUCGAUAUCACAAAAUACCUACUCGAAAAGGGUCUGGAUCCCAACGUCAAGGAUAAGGAGCUGGGCGACGCACUCCAGGCGGCUGCCUCUUUGGGGAAUGUGGACAUCAUGCUCUUGCUGCUGGCUCACAACGCAUCUGUUGACGGCUUUGGUGGCCAUUUUGGUAACACGCUCCAAGCUGCUUCUUUUAACGGACAUGAGCAGGCUGUUCGUCUGUUGAUCGAGCAUGGUGCUUCAUUGCACAGUGAGCGGGGUGGUGUGUCCGGGCGUUAUCAGGAUGCACUGCAAGCUGCCGUGUAUGCCGGCCACCAGGAAAUCGUCGAUCUGCUCCUCGCGGCCGGAGCCAAGCUGAACCCACAUAAAGAUUCAAAUCGUUUCAAAUAUCUGUCGUAUUCCAUGCGGCGUGAUAAUAUUAGUGACCUCCCGAGCAAGGCUUGUCGGCCCAAGAAAAAGGCGCUCCCUGGAUCAAGGGCUGGGAGUGGACACCUCGACAUUCCGACAGACCUAGGUCCGCUAGAGGUCGCCGCACGACGAGGCAACGUUACCUUGGUAAAUAAAUUAUUGGCAAAAGGGGCACGUAUAGAUGCCUGGGGCGCAUAUACCGCCUUGCAGAUUGCUGCUUUCUGGGGACACCGCGCUGUAGUGGAAAGUCUCUUAGACCAUGGAGCCGACGUCAAUGCUAAACGUGCGAUACUCGGGACUCCACUGCAAGCAGCCUUGGAGGGGGGUCACUUCGAUGUGGCAGAAGUGCUACUAUCUCGAGGCGCUCAAAUCGAUAAGCACUGGACAGGUAUUUAUGGGUCUCACUAUGGGUCAUGCCUUCAGGUUUUCUCUGAGCGAGGACACCUUGAAACCGUGAGGUUCCUAAUUGACCGCAAUGCAAACAUCGAAGACACAGGCGGCGAAAACGGCAAUGCCCUUCAAGUUGCCUGCGAUGCGGGAAAUAUUGACAUCGUUCAGUUCUUGCUUGAUAAGGGUGCCAAUGUGAGAGCGCCUGGGAAAGGGGUCGGAAAUGCGCUGCAAGCUGCCUCUGCAAAAGGUUAUAUCGACAUAGUCAAGCUGCUUCUCCGUCACGGGAUAGGGGUCGAUGAUGUAGAUAAGGGGACUGGAACUGCGCUGAGUCUUGCCGCAGGUAACGGUCACCAACACCUGGUGACCUUUAUGUUGCGACAAGGAGCCAACGUGGACGGCAACUGCGAUAUUCCAAUUGAUGACAACCUUGAGAAGUCAUAUUCAAAAGACAGUUCAUAUUUUGUUAAAACAACCUUUAUUUCAACCCCUCUACAUCUCGCGGCCUUUCACGGACAAGAAUCUAUCGUUUCUAUCCUUCUUGAUAACGGGGCAAACGUCUACCUCAAAGGUCAAUUACGCGGCAUGGUUUAUUAUGGCUUCCCCAGUGAUCAUAUCAUCCCACUGUUUGCAGCUUGUCUCCAGGGGCAUGUAUCUAUUGCAAGACGGCUAUUCCAGCAUGGUCCAUGGGGAUAUAUACAGGGCACGUCUACCGCCGUGUUGAAGACAAGCCUCACUCGCAAUACAACAGAGAUUACAACAAUGCUGGUCCAAGAAGGGAUUCGCGCUGGCUUCAACCCCGAGCAUUUUGACGGUGCAUUCACCUUCGCCUGUUCAGAAGGACAUCAAGGUUUUGUUGCGCAUAUCCUAAAGUACUUCACUGUUGAGAACUGGCCGAAGAGCCUCCUACUGGCUGUUGAGAACGGAAGGAAUUCCGUUAUCGAGGCUUUGCUACGGAAUGGAGCCGACGUGAAUGUUCGCGAUCACGAUGGAAAUGAUCUUUUGAGAGUGGUCAUUAGUAAAAUCAAGAAAUUUCAGGGCAUCUCUGAUUCUCACAGUUGGAUGGAGGUAUUGAGGAUCCUGCUUGAUACUGGAGUCGGUAAUGAUCUGUACGGCGAGAUCGAGGAUAUCUUUCCGUACAUUGCGCGAAGAGGUACUACUGAUCUUUUCAAGAAACUUGAGCAUCAUGGAUACAAUCUGUUUAAAAAUCCUUCACACUAUUCCACAGCAUUAAUAUCGGCCUCGCGGAGUCUUGACGUCGAUAGGGUUCAUUAUGUGGGUACAAAGUACAUACCUACUGAAGAAGACAUCAAAGAGUCCAUACUUGCUGCUAUGGGACACCAUGAAGUUUCAAUACCCACGAUCAAAGAACUGCUGAGCUUCAAUGUUCCACUUUUCUUCGACAAUGUUGACGACAAACAACCUUUAGCUAUUGCUUCCGAGAAAGGAUACGAGGAAAUUGUCAAUUUGCUACUACUACAUGCUGGACAUAGUUCUGAUGUCCUCGAGUAUGCACUGGGACGAGCCAUCCGACGCAGACAGGUUUCGUGCGUACGGCUAAUCCUUGACUCACAAAAGUGGGAGCCCGCAGACCGCCUUGCCCUUGGCUCCCGUCUAAGUCCACAUUGUUUUCCUUCCAGAUCUGAGGACAUGGUCACCUAUUUCCUUGGUCAAGGUGUGUCCCCCGACACAAGGGACCCCAAAAAUGGGAAAACGCUAUUGUAUAUCGCCGCAGAGAGCGAUGACGAUGAAGGGGUUAAGAGACUUGUCUCUUGGGGCGCAGAUGUCGACCUUGAGGGAGGUGAAUAUGGAACAGCACUUCACGCAGCCGCUUUCCGUGGCUAUGCGAUGGCGGCAGAGUCCCUUCUAUCAUGCGGUGCGAAUGUCAAUGCUAUGAAUGAGUGCGUUGGCACACCGCUUAUGGUAGUCAUGGCGCAGAAUUGGGCAGAACUCUGUCUAGCGUCGAUAGGAAAAUUUAAUCUUUGCCCCUGGUCAUGCUAUACGUGUUGUACAAAUGUUCUGCUGGAAUGGGGCGCGGAUAUCGAUGCGGAGGGCGGAAAGCUUGGAACAGCUUUACUUGCAGCGAAGGAGGUCGGCAACGAAAAGGGUAUCAAAAUGUUGCUGUAAAGCAGAGCCAUUGGCGACAGCAGUAAGAACUCAUCCCUGACAUCUGUGAUUUACGAUGGCUGAAUGUAGUUGGAGGUAAACAAUUGGAAAGGUAGUCUUUUUUUUUUCCUAAUCAAUACAACGCGCUUUGAUUAAGAAAUCCAUGAGUGUUGGGGCAUGACAAAUUAUAUGGGU